AUGGUGAUUUUCCAUAUGUCAAACAUCACUUGUGUGGAUAUUGUUGUUUAUUACCAAAUAAGAGCUCCUAGAAGCUUUCAUCAUCAACAACAAGCCAAGGAAAAUAUAGGCAUGAGUAGCAUUUUCCUUGUUGCUUGUCAACUUUUGAGAUUAACAAACGUCUGCCUGGAUUAUCAGGGAAAGAGAAUUGAGAAUGGAGUGUAUUUUGGGCCAAUUGGAUGCUUAACAUUUGAAGGAAGAUUUUCUUGGAAGAAGAGAAUACUGGCCUUCAUCUUCGAGUGUAUCCGGAUAAAAGUUGGACCUUUAAAGGCUUUAGAGAUCAGUCUAGGCCAAAAGGAUGACAGAGAGCCUAGCACGAAGGAUCCCUUCUUUAUAUGGUUUUACAUUGAUGAAGAAUUAGCAGUUGGUCGAGGCAAAAGUGGAGGAACUGCUUUCUGGUGCCGCUGUCGACGUGUAAUAUCUUGA